GUCCCCCCGGAAAUUGACCCACCAAAGAACAAGACACGGGGAGAAAAUCAGGAACCAGCUCCAAAAAAGUGUCUAAAGUGUAAACAACGGUCCAAAAAGAGAUGUGGUGGGUCUCCAUACACUAUUAAAUGCCCACUGCGUUUGAGCUGUGAAAGAAAAUAACUGCCAAGAUGCCUGCAGUGUCCACCAGCCCCAAGGACCUAUACCUGUCCACGUCUCUGGGUGAUCUAAACAAGAAGGCAGAGGUUAAACCAGACAAGAUCACCACAAGGAGUUAUAUUCAGAGUGCCUGUAAACUCUUUAAGGCAGCAGAAGAGUGCCGCCUGGACAGAGACGAGGAGAAGGCUUACGUAUUUUAUAUGAAGUAUUUAACAAUUUAUGAUGUUGUUAAAAAGAGACCAGACUUCAAACAACAACAGGACUUUUUUAUGACAAUGCUUGGACCAAACAGCAUUAAAAAAGCCAUUGAAGAAGCAGAGAAACUCUCAGAAAGUCUCAAACUCAGGUAUGAGGAAGUUGAGGUGCGCAAAAAGCUUGAGGAAAAAGAAAGACUGGAAGAGAAGAAGAGAAAGGAGGAGAUGACAGAGAAAGAGAGUGGUCGAUCCUCUCCCAAAACGACAGGCAAAAAGGACAUUAAGAAGGUGAAGGAAGGACAGAAUGAAAUAAAGAAUACAACUCCAAAAGCUGUGACACCAGCUGGGGGCAUCACAGCAGAGAGACUGUUCGCUCUGAUGAAGGACCAGACGAUCUCGCUGAUGGUGAUGGACGCUCGGACAUUUAAAGAUUUCGAAGACUCCCACAUCCAGGUCCCAGCUCAGACCUGCAUCAGCGUCCCAGAGGAGGCAGUCAGCCCGGGAAUCACUGUGAAUCAGAUUGAGGCGAAGCUGCCGGACCUGUCCAAAGAGCCCUGGAGGAGGAGAGGCUUUGUGGAUUACAUCGUUUUACUCGACUGGUUCAGCUCCGUCUCAGACCUGGCCCUUGGCAACACUCUGCGGAGCCUCAAAGACGCACUGUUUGUGUGGGACAGUAUGACUAUCCUUCGCAGCGAGCCCUUGGUUUUGGAGGGAGGCUACGAGAACUGGCUUCUGUUUUAUCCAAUGUACACGACAAACUCCAAAGUCAAACCCCCAAGACAAACCUUCACCAACACACUGCCUCAAUUGAAUUUCAGCUACCCCACCCUUGAAGACCCCAAGCCUCCACCCCUUCCUCAGCCCGAGCCGCAGCACCGCCCUGAGCCGGUGGAGCCCUCUGACCCUCCGAUGGUGAAUGGCGUAGCUUGUGCAGAUGCCCCGCCCCCUCAGACCGCAGUGACAGACAGACAGGCCGACGCUGUGGACUCACCAGGGACAGGACCAGAGCUCAGCAAGAAGACAUCGGGCCCAACGAGCCAGUCGCCGGUCAUAACCAAAGCAUUCCCUCAGUUUGACCGCACCAAGAAGCCCUCUGUGAGAAUAGUGGAAGAGCCCAAACCUAGUGUGAACGGCGCAGCCAAAGAUUUGACCCAAAACGGACCCACGAUCCCAGACCGCUCUGUCAAACCCUCCGUGACCCCAAAUCAAAUGCACAACGAGGCUGCGGCAGAGAUGGAGCAAGCCAGGCAGGAGCAGGAGAGGAAAGAGAGGGAGCUGAAGGAAAGACUCGAACGAGAGAAUAGUGAAAAGAUGAAGAAGGAGGAAGAGGAGAGGAAGGAGAAGAAGAAACUGGAGCGACAGAAGGCGGAAGAGGUGGAGGACAGCAAAGGAGAGAGAGAGCGCAGAGGCAAAGAUGCAAACACAGACACACCCUCAAAAAGCAUGUCCCUGGAUUCGCCCGCGCCAAACCACCUCGUCAGUGAGAUAAAGAGGGAACCACUGACCAGAGCAAGAAGUGAGGAGAUGGGCAGAACUGUACCUGGUCUACCUGUUGGAUGGAUGAAGUUUCUUGACACAGUGACGGGCACGUACCGCUACUACCACUCACCAACAAACAUGGUCCACCUCUAUCCACCAGAGGUCACUGUUCCCCAGACUCCGCCCUCAACUCCUCCUACCGUCCAAUCCAAACCCAAAUCUCUUGAACCAGACGCGAAAAUUGAGCGGGAACGCGAGCAGUCAAAAUUGAAACGCUCCUACUCGUCUCCGGACAUCAGCCAGGACCUGCGGGAGGAGGCCCAGAAGAAAGCCACAGCCCCCAUCACCGCUACUGUCACCCCCACAGUCAACAGAGAGACCAAACCAACAGCUACUAAAGUCUACCAGAAGGUGGAGAUAGUGCGACCGUCCGCUGCCAAACUUCGAAAUCUUAACCCAACUUUUGGAGGCAUGGGAGCGUCUUUGACCGGACUCCGUAACCUAGGCAACACCUGUUACAUGAACUCUAUCCUCCAGUGUCUCUGCAACACUCCCGCCAUGGCCGACUACUUCAACAACAACUACUACUUGGAGGACAUCAACAGGUCUAACAUCCUGGGACACAAAGGGGAGGUGGCAGAGGAGUUUGGGGUGAUCAUGAAGGCGUUGUGGGCUGGUCUGUACAAAUGCAUCAGCCCCAGAGACUUUAAAAUCACCAUCGGAAAAAUCAACGAACAGUUUUCAGGCUGCGACCAACAAGACUCACAAGAGCUGCUACUGUUUCUGAUGGACGGACUCCACGAGGAUCUCAACAAGGCGGAUAACAGGAAGCGUUACAAGGAGGAGGAGAACGACCAUCUUGACGACCAGUCUGCGGCGGACGUGGCCUGGAACAAACACAAGGCUCUGAACGAGUCCAUCAUCGUGGCUCUAUUUCAGGGACAGUUCAAGUCCACGGUCCAGUGCCUCACCUGCCACCGCAAGUCCAGGACUUUUGAGACCUUCAUGUACCUGUCCCUACCCCUCGCCUCCUCAUCCAAGUGCUCACUACAGGAUUGUCUUAGGCUUUUCUCUAAAGAGGAAAAGCUCACGGACAACAACAAAGUGUUCUGUCGACACUGCAAAGCUCAUCGAGACUCGACCAAGAAACUGGAAAUCUGGAAAGUCCCACCCAUUCUUCUUGUUCACUUGAAACGUUUUUCAUACGAGGGCCGGUGGAAGCAGAAGUUGCAGACAUCGGUGGACUUUCCUCUGGACUGUCUAGACUUGAGUCAAUAUGUGAUUGGACCCAAACAGAGCCUGAAGAAAUACAACGUCUACGGAGUCUCUAAUCAUUAUGGGGGUCUGGACGGCGGGCACUACACCGCCUACUGCAAGAACGCCGUGAAGCAGCGCUGGUACAAGUUUGACGAUCACGAGGUUUCCGAGCUCUCCACCUCCUCGGUCAAGUCCUCCGCAGCCUACAUCCUAUUCUACUCCACUCUCUGAUGUCUUAACUCAAACUCAACGCUCUAAAAUACUACUACCACUACUACCACUACUACUACUACUACAACUACACAGAGCAGCGACUCUUGUCUAUGUAUGGAUUAAGAGAUCUUGGUUAAUCUGCUCUGGAAUACGCUGCAGAGUAUAGGGAGUAGUUUUUGAACGCGGAGAUGUGAGAAAGUGGUUCUGACAUCUCGGGAGAGCUCCAAUGCUUUUACAAGUGCGUAGAGGAACAGUCACCAGUCGUGUAGUGGGCUCCUGACUGCUCUGACAGUCGAUGUAAGGCUGUACUUUCAGUUGCUGCAGGCUCAUUCAUACUGUGUAAUAUUCAUAAGGGUUAGCCGCCUUGUACAUAACCUUCCGAUGCUAAAAUUGCACAUAUAAAAAUGUAAAUAGUCAAAGGGCAAAAGAUGAGACCUGUUUUAAGUGACCAAAUUUCUCCUUCUAAUGUAGUAGCCAUCAUGGUAUUAUUAACACAUGGAGUUUUUUUCUGAGCCAUGGAGGGGAUAUUGAAAUUGUUUAUUGUUCUGAUUAUUAUCCAAACACAUUUUUUGCACUUACAAUAUGCAAUCGAUCUAGUUUAUGUAGAACGCGCUGUUUAGUAUCUUUGAAAUGACACUCGCUUUAGCCUUUAAACUGGUUUUGAGUGGAGCACUUGUGGAAAAAAUGUGUAUUAGUUACUACAGUUACCAGUCUAUUACUUUUCAUGGCCACAUCUGCACCAAACCUUUAGUUUAUUACAAUACCGCAUACAGCACUUUGUAUUUAUUUCACAAUGUAAAAAACAAAUAUCUGAAAUUACUCUCUGCCCCUUGGACCAUUGUUGAAAGACAUCCCACUAAGUAAUUUAACUUUUGUCAAAAUUACUGAAUACUUUUAAAGGUGCGCUGUGUAACUUUUCUGGUAGGGGGUCUGCACCUCCUACAAGUUAUUGCUUUGUCUGCAAGGUUCCGUAUUCUGGCAUUAAAUGUACUACAGGUGUUUUUAUUGCUCAAAAAUACCUUAAAAACAUAUAAAAUGUUGUUGUGAGCGGGGGGACGCCUCUCCACAGAUCUGAACUGUAACUUGGCCUGGAGGUGUCAACUGCUUUUCAUCGUGAAGAUGGAUAAAUUUAAUACUAUACUGUGGAACAUUCCAAGCAAAGCAAUAAUUAAUAAUAUAAUUUCCUUGGAAACAACCAAGGGGUGGACCCUGCACCAGAAAGUUACAUAAUGUGUCUUUAAUGUCCCUAGCCUAACACAAUCAAACAAAUACAAAACAGGACUCCCUUUUGUUCUCCACUCUUGGUCAAUGUGAGUUCAUAAAACAUUCAAACCAUCUUUAAUCCCAAAUUAAACGGGAGGUUAACUGGCUCUGUUAACAACUGUAUCUGACCAGUUCCAAUCACAGGGACAGACAGAGCGACCAGUUCUGAUGUAAUGUCUAUGAGGCUUUUGCUAAAAUCACUAAAUCUUGACAGAACAGGCAGUGGACAGGGAGCUGCAGGUGUGUAAGGGGUCAGAGGUCAGAGGUAAGGGGGUUAGCAUCAGGCAGUGAACAGGGAGCUGUAGGUGGAUGUCACUGACAACGUGUUAAACAUUUUAUAAAUGUGAGGAAAACUUCACCUGGCACUUCUGCUUUUAGAAAGGGACGUCUUUGUAUGUUGGGGCUAAUGCUAAUGCUAAUUUUGGAGCCUAAUGAAUAUUUAAAUAACGCCACUGACUGAAAUAAUCUACACCAAUUGGGUCAUUCUUACAAGAAAUGUAAUUUUGUUGUUAUGCUACAAUGUUUUAAUAGACGUUAGCAUUAGCAUUAGCGCUGACACACAAAGACAAAAAGUAAAAGAAGUGUCGUCCAGUGAAGUUUUACUCAUUUAUAAAGUGUUUAACAUGUUGUCACUGACAUCCACCUGCAGCUCCCUGUCCACUGCCUGAUCCCAACCCCCUUACCUCUGACCUCUGACCCCUAACUCACCCGCAGCUCCCUGUCCACCAGUUACUCACGGUACUUAUUUUUGAUUGGCCGAAAUAUCAAAAAUGUCAAUAUAUUUUUAAGUUGUCCCUCAAAUCCAACACAUGGCCUCUUCUGAUAAUUGAGGAUCUAAACAAAUUCAUAAUAAAGUUUAGUUGACAUUCACAAGUGCUACUCCAAUACUCAGAUGGACCAUAAUGUGGUGAGAUGGCCCUCUGUUACUGUUUCACGCCUAUAACACUUGUCUUAUAUCUAACAUUAACAUCACUAUAAAAUAAAAGGGUUAUUUCUACCUGGUUUGAUGCUAGUAUAAAGGUGCACUAUGUAACUUUUCUGUUUGGGGGCAUCUACCGCUUGCUUGUCUCCAUGGAGAUACUGGAUUGCCUGGAAUGUUUAACAGUAUGGCAUCAAACAUAUCUAACAUCAGCUCUAAAAUAACUUGGAAAAACACGCGUUCUUACUGUGAAUGGGGUCGCUUCUCCGCGGAUCUGACCUGUAACAUGGGCUGAGGGUGUCUUUGCUUGUCUCCAUGGAGAUAGAUGCCAUAAUAUAGAACAUUUGAGGAGAAGCAAUAACCUGUAGGCCAAACGGUGACAGACCCAGAAAAGUUCCAUUGUGUACCUUUUCAAGUAUUUGGGUGGUUUGAGGUUGGUUGAGUUGUCUUCAUCUGUGUGUUGUCUUGGAAACCAUUUAGCACAGUAAUUGUCUGUUGGACUUUGGACAGAGUAAUGGACCAGGAACCGGAUUUGCCUGGAUCGGACUCGUGGAACUGUCUUGCCUCGCAUGACAUCAUAAUGAUCUGUUUCUUGUACUUGUUCAUUUUAUUUCUAAUGCUCUAAAAUCGUUUCCAAUAUAACGAAUAUAUUAACCAACUUAUAUGACUAUUUAUUAAAACGGCU